CUGGGAAGAUCAAGAAGACCCAGGAAGGUAAGGAAGUAAUGUUUACGUCAGGGUUGUGUCUGUAAGCAAAGUCUGGAACAAACAUGUUUGGCAAGAAAAAACCUUCCGAUCCUUCAGCUGAGUGGACAAAGACAGGUAGCUUUGUACAUAAGCCAAGCAGGGGAUGGCUUCAUUCAGAUAAUUCGCUGAUGGAAGGCGGAGUUUGCUACGCUGUCAAAUAUGUUGGCUGUUUGCAAGUUUUAAAGUCCAUGCGAACUCUGCCUUAUGAUCUUCGACAGCAAGUAACAAGGGAGGCCAUCUUGAGAUGUUCUGAAGCGGCUGGUUAUCAGUUAGGAAGAAGAAAAAAGGCUGCAAAGAACAUACAGAAACUUUUAGGAGAACUCCCUGGAAUGGUUAACUCAGGUUGUACUGUAAAUAUGACUGUGUCAUCACUUGGUAUAAAGUUAACAAGUAUUGAAAGUGGUAGAGUUAUCUUGACUCAUGACAUGCAAGGAAUUUCAUUUGCUAGUGGUGGGGAAAAGGACUGUAUCGAUAUGAUAGGAUAUGUGGCUAAAGAUUCUGCCAAUGGAAGAGCCUGUUUUGUGGUUGACUGUGGAGGAGGAUUAGCUUAUGAUGUUAUUAACACCAUUGGUCAAGCUUUUGAGAUUCGUUUUAAGAUGUUUCUACAGAACCCUCCACUUGCUACUGAAGUGCCUGAAAGGUUUUCAGAGACAAUAUUUGAAGAGAGUGAGGACCACGCUUAUGAAAUGGAGUACGAGGAACCAAAGAAUGAUGGAAUGCAUGUUAAGCCAUCUGGUGCAUAUGAAUCACCCAUGGAUCCAAAGCCUGUAGGGUACAUGACACUCAGAAGCACAACAACUGACGGAUUAAGUGACUAUGACAACCCUAAUGACAUGAAAAAUUCCCAUGGUUAUGAUGUUCUUCACAUGAAAGGUUCCCACGGCUACGAUGUUCCUAAGGGAUCCCUUGUGGGAAAUGAAAUGUCUAAAAAUCCCCAGACUGACAGACAUAUGCCUGUUUCAGAUGGUUAUGAUAGACCGUCAGUACAGUCCAAUAAGUCUGGUAGCAGUAAUGGCUUGAGCCAGAGUGGUAGCCUGAUGUUUGCUGCUGGGGCUUGUUAUGAGAAUCCUAAUGGUUUAGGUUUCUACGAGAAUCCCCUGGCUGCUCCAAAGUUACCUGAGAGGAAUGACAGCUUGGAGAGACAUCCAGGUGACUUGCUCGACUCAUCGCUGUAUGACAACCCAUCCUCUCCGACCUCUGGAUCAGAACAAAACUGGGCAAAAUUUGAUGAGGACAUGCCGCCUCCUACUCCACCACCAAUGGCGACGAAUCCUGAUCACGAGGACUACCUAACUCCGCGUCCCGCCCCGAGGAAACCUCCACCCAAACCUAAACCAUAUGCCGCGAGCAAGGCAGAGAAACUGCAGCAAGAAGCUGCAGCCGCAGAGGUUCUCAAGUCCAUUCCUCUCGAGUCUGAGGUUUGGUACCAUGGCUCUAUGACCCGUGCUGAAGCAGAACUGCUAUUGGAAGACGAGGGGAACUUCCUUGUGAGAGAAAGUAAAUCAAAAGCUGGCCAGUAUGUUCUUUCUGGAGUUCAAAAUGGACAGCCUCGACAUUUGUUGUUGGUCGACCCUGAGGGCAAGGUACGAACAAAAGAUCGCGAGUUCCCAAGUGUCCAAGAACUCGUUGCGUACCAUAUGAAGAACUCUCUACCAAUCAUAUCAUCAGGGAGCCAGGUCACAAUAACUCAUCCUGUCCACAAACAUUAACUACAGCUGUUUCUGUCAUUUGCUAUCCGAUUGCAUAGACUGGAUUGCAAAGCAGACCACUGUGAACUCCAAAACUGUAAUAUUUUUGUACAUGAUGUUUUAGAGGGGAAGUUACAUGGGGGAACUGGAUUACUGGUAGAGACUUACAGCUCUCUUCAGUUCCUCGUUUCAACUUCUCAUCUGCACGGGUUCGCACGGUAGCGUGUUCGUGGUCGUUUGUUUUGAAAGGUUUUGUAGUAGAUCUAUUAAGUCCAGCUAACGGGGCAAAAGCUACUAUGUAGUAAGUUUAUAGAAGGGGGCCCGGCUUUAGUACAAAACCAAUAAGUCAGUGAUUUUUUUUAAAUCGUACUUUGCUAAUGAUGAAAAACAAUUUAUAUUGAGCCGGACCAUGAUUAACCCCUUGUCACGCCACUGGAAGUGACAUAGUAACGGUGCUUGUGUAGUGUUAUUGUACAGUUGGAAAGAGAGAUUAUCACAACAUGGGGCAACAAAGUUUUGAUUGUAGAGCGUUUUCUAGUGCCACUGUAACGACGGUGUUAAUGCUUAAUUACCUCAUAGCCAGUAAUACAAGUAGCGUUAAUAAGGUAGGAAGGAAGAGGUUUUUGUGGAGUAGUGGUAGAGUUUUAUAAAACGCACUUACUAUAAUCGAAAAGUUUCUCCACCAGGUGAGUUAUCGAGGGAUUUGUGGUUAUCUAAUUGGUCAUACUUGUCAUAUAAAGUUGGUUUCAAAAUGAUUACUUCCCCCGUUUUGAAUUUGUUAUAUAAAGAGAAGUUAGCAAUAAGUGACAAUAAGCAAUAUUUUUUUCACGGUUAUUUUUGUUGUCGUAUCUGCAUCAUAAUAAAAUCCAACGUGAAUGUGAGACAAAUUCUCAAGGUUCUGCACAAAAAAAGCCCUUUUCACGGUUAAAGUUUGUCAUUUGCAUUACAAUAUAAUCUAACUUGUAUGUGAGGUGAUUUCAGGGAAUUUUCUAGUUUCUGCCCGAAAUUUCCCCGCAGCCACCGUCAAUUGCAUUGUAAUGCAAUGAGAAAAGCUUAUCGUAAAAAGGGUUAUUGCUUCACAUCCACAUUGAAUUUUAGUAUACUGCAAAUAGGACAAAUUCACCGUGAAAAUAGCUACUGUAAAAGAGUGAAAUUUGUAAGAAUGGAGGAGAUACUUUAUCAAAGUUGAAAAGCGACUUAAAGCUACAUCCAUGAUAGAAAAUGGUCCUUUUCUGGUCGAAGAUUUCUUACGAUUUGCGAUGGCAUUGUUUUUCUUGUUAAAAAUAUUAGUGUUAACUUCCGUAAACUAAGUCCAUGGUCUAAUAUACCGAUUCAGCACUUGAAGAAAGAUAUCAUUUUUCCCAGUGAGUCAUCCCUUUCUCCCAGAGACAGAGCCCUUCCCUAAAAUAACCAAAGUAAAGCUUUGAACAAAUGUCAGCCCAGGACUUAGUUGGGAAUUUUACGGUUUUUGUAAUUAAGAACAAUUUAUAGCAAUGAACUUUUGAAAUUUUAUCUAUAGUAAAUAAUUUGCACGCAAUUUACACAACAUACCGACUUUGUGGAAACUGGAUCAAUUGAUAAUGUGAAAUAAUGUGGUGUUUUACAUGCAGAUAUUUUUUUUGAGAAUGAAACCAGCUAGCCCUGGUUUGUAGAUUUGUAGCUCACAAUUGAGAAUAUUAAUAGCUGGUCUAUUAUUUUAGACGAAAGUUACAAUUCAAUGUUCUAUUAAAUGUCCAACCUUUCUUUCAUACCAUGCAGCAGUUCUAUUAUUGCAUGCUGCUAUUUUCGUAGAAAAAUCAAUUUGGACCAAAAGUGCUCAGGUCCACUCCGAAGGUUUUCCUUUUACGUGAGACAACAGUAUAAGGUUUUAAAUGUGGAACCAUCGUCUCAGUUACGACAGUGGUCACGCUUGUUUCUGUGGAAGGAGUAGAGCCCCCGUUUCCGUCUUUAUAACGAGGAUUUAUUCCUAAAGCGAAUUCUUCACUGUCACAAGUGUUUCAGUUUUGUUUUUGGAAAGAAAUCACAUUUCAUGGCUUCUUCCCUAAACAAACACAGUAACAUGAAAAGAAAUCACUAAAAUACAUUACGUCAACUACGUCAUCUUACAGUAGUUUCCUUGUAAAAUAGAACACGUGAUUUGUUAAUAGAAGUAGUAAAUAAUUGUUAUAAUAGAGAGAAGUUAUGCAAUGUAGUCAGGGGAAAACAGGUUCUGGGCCAAGCUCUCCAAGAGUUGGACCCUGAUUAUCCCAUAGGAAAAGAGCAUUUUAAGAUGAUGAGAGUUCAAACUACUUACGGUAUUACGGUACGUAAGAAAGUAACAGUUGCUAUCGAAGUUACGAAAGGUAUAUCAUGGCAACAACUUGAGAAGCUGCCACAGUUUUUGUACUUUUUAGAUCACUCUUCCGCUAUUUAAAAUAAAAGCGUUUUUAAAAUCC